CCGCCAAAUUUAAGCGACGUGAAGCCAAGUUCUACUAUCCAAGACCAGCGAGAUGAGGUCAAAUCCUAUUUCACGAAAGGAGAUUAUAUAAAAGCACUAGAGCUUUACGAAGUCAUUCUUAAGGAUCCUCAGCACACACCAGAAGACGAAAAGCUUGCUACAAAUUGGGAUCUAAGAUGCAAAAAUCUUGAU